AUCUCUGCUGCAGGCUGCAGCCAAUCGCCCAAGCCACCAACUAAGCGGAAAGAUGAAAUAUCCUCUCCGAUGUAUACACCUCCUCUCUCUCUCUCUCUCUCUCCUCGCCUUCUUUUAUUUGAGGGAGCUCCAGCUUUCUACUUGUGCAUCCCAAUAUCUGUUUGAAUUUUACAUAGCGUAGUUUUAAUUAACUUGUUUCCUCGCAAAAAGUAAAAAUUAACAUGUUAUAUAAAUAAUAAAUCUCCAUGUGUAACUUCCUUCCACGAGUUACUUGGCCAGCCGUUUUAUAUCUUGUACCAUAAAUAAAAGCAGCAGCAGCAGCAAAAGCCGCGGCAGCGGAGCUCUCUCCACCCUCGUCUGGUUGUAUGUCUGCAGUCUGCCCUGCACUCAACAACCACCACCACUCUCUCUACCUCUUUCUCUGCCCCCAAUAUUUGAUUAUUUAUUUUCCGAUUGCUAUUUAUCUCUUCUUUCAAACAUUUCUCCGAUUGCUCAUGUUCUUUGAUUCCCUUCCGUGUGCUACCGAAAUUCUCCUUCCUACCAACAUUUUCCUCCAAAAUCGAUGCUGGCUUCCAUUGGUCUUCUGAUCCAAGCCGGCUGGAAUUCUCCAUCUCCUUCCUGCAAGAUCUGAUACUCAAGGGGAAUCGAGUACAACUGUCCUGCAAUGAGGCCGGAGACGCGGCUUGAAUCGGCGGUGUUCCAGCUCACCCCUACCCGCACCAGGUGUGAUUUAGUUGUGGUGGCGAAUGGAAGGAAGGAGAAGAUAGCCUCUGGUUUGCUGAACCCAUUCAUCGCUCAUCUUAAGGUUGCACAAGAGCAGAUUGCCAAGGGAGGCUAUUCCAUCACACUUGAGCCAGAUCCAGAGAUUGACGCGUCAUGGUUUACCAGGGGAACAGUGGAGAGAUUUGUUCGUUUUGUCAGUACACCGGAGGUCCUGGAGCGGGUCAUAACAAUAGAGUCUGAAAUAUUACAGAUUGAAGAUGCCAUUUCCGUCCAGGUCAAUGAAAGUCUUGGUUUGAGAUCUGUAACUGUGGAAGACCAAAAUGGGAAAUCGGUGGACUGCAUGGAAGGUAAUAAGACAGGUUUUGAUCCUGAUGCAGAUAUGUCACUUGUUCCAUAUAAGGCUGGCACACAGCCAACUCUACCAGUGCAGAAUAAUGGUGGCACUCAGGAGGAGAAUUCAAAAGCUCAACUGCUCAGAGUGUUAGAGACGCGCAAAACAGUAUUACGUAAAGAGCAGGCUAUGGCAUUUGCACGGGCUGUAGCAGCAGGGUUUGAUAUUGACAACUUGGUGUAUUUGAUCACAUUUGCAGAGCGUUUUGGUGCUUCUCGCUUGAUGAAGGCAUGUACACAAUUCAUUGGGCUGUGGAAGCAAAAGCAUGAAACUGGACAGUGGAUCGAGGUUGAACCUGAAGCAAUGUCUGCACGCUCCGAAUUUCCUCCUUUUAAUCCUUCUGGCAUAAUGUUUAUGGGGGACAGCAUGAAACAAACUAUGGAAACAAUGUCUGUUUCCAACGGAGAUGCAAGUGAAGAUGCUUCUAAAGCAGAUCAGAGGACAAUUCAUCACUCUGGAGCUCCCCAUGAGUUCUUCCAUGGUCCAUAUCAGUCAGCAUAUCCACCGUUGGCUAUGCAUCCGCCUUACUCUAUGCAAGGCAUACCUUACUAUCCUGGAAUGAACCCAUAUUACCCUCCCCCCUACCCCCCAAUCGAUGAUACCAGGUACCACCACUCAGAAAGGAGAGUAUCAAAGAAAUACUCAGAUAGCAAGGACUCAGAAACUUCAGAUGACGAAAGUGACCAGAGCGGUUCAGAGAGGGAGACUUCUUAUGGUCACUGGUCCCAUAACAAGAAUAAAAGGACAGGCAAGAAGAAGCCCAGUGUGGUUGUCAUACGGAACAUAAAUGUAACGUCAAAAAGACAUGGAUCAUCGGAGAUUGAAUCACAAACAGGUUCAGAUGUAGCAUCUGAGGACAGUGAUGAUCUGAACACCAAGCCCAGAAAGAAACAGAAUAAGAGCUCAAGUUCAAAGAAGAAAGAUGCUAGAAAGAUCAUUCUUGAGUCUGCAGAUGAUCAUAAUAAGGAUGAAAUGUCGUAUGGGCAAGAUGGAGAUCAAGGGAACUGGAAUGUCUUCCAAAGUUUCCUGCUAAGAGCUGAUGAGAAGACAAGAGAUAAUGAUGCUGACCUAUUCGCCAGUGAAAACAAACCUCCCCCAGCAAGGAAGAAGGAGAGCACAUGCAUUGAUGAUUCUAUUCUCGUGACAGAGCGAGAUUCUGCUGGUGCCAAUGAACGUAAUACAGUAGGUUUCAACAUAGAAAAUGGGAGGACUAGGCCGCAUCAGAUGCUGUCUGGUGAUGAACUUAUGAUGUCUGGGCAAGGUAGUGGCGUUGCUAGUGAUGGCAUAAAGGAGAUUGAAGGUGGAGAUGCAAGAUACAGGAGAGGAGCAAGUGAUGACUUCAUGAUUUAUGGGCAGGAAAAGUCAACAGACAGAGGGAGUUCUUUAGACCCUCUUGUGGAAGCACAGUACAAGAACCCUACACUGAUGGGGAAAAAUGCGCACAGCAUGGCAGAUGAGUCUUUCAUGAUACCUCUUAGGUUCACCUCAGAUGAUAAUUUUGGACCAGAAAGCCGUACUGCAAUUGACAUAGAUGUUGAGCUUCCCUCAACUGUUCAGAAGAUAUCAGAUGCUAAAGCUGGUGGUCAGCUUUUCUAUGAGCCAGAUGAGUUGAUGCCAGAGCGUGGAUGCGAAAACAUUUCAUUUGGAUAUGAUCCAGCAAUGGAUUACAGUCAGAUGCAGAGCCAACCUGCCACCAUGGUUGAAGAUUCACCUGUGGAAGAGGCAGCGUUGACCAAUGCUGAAGUAAAGAAGCCAGAGAAAGAUAAGAGGAUAAGAAAUUCACAGGAGAGUUUGGAUAAACGAAGGAAAGAUGCUUCAGUGAGGAGAUUAUCAUCAUCAAAGGGCCCAAUGACUGAUGCACAGAAGCGUGCACAAAACUUGCGAGUAUAUAAAGCGGAUCUUCAAAAGGCAAAGAAAGAGCAGGAAGAGGAACAGAUGAAACGGCUAGAGAGGCUUAAGCUGGAGAGGCAAAAGAGAAUUGCUGCAAGAAGUAGCACUUCCAGUGCAUCAACCACACUGCAGCAGCCCAAAGUGAAACCUUCUUCCAAGGUUUCUCCCAGUACCUGCAAGAGCUCAAAGUUCAGUGAUGCAGAACCUGCAUCCUCUUCACCUCUCAGAAAAUUUCCUGCCAAAACUACCACAGGAACUGAUCCCCAUCCCCCCAAAACAGCAAAAGCAAGCAAACUAAUUGGUAAUACAAAUGCAGUUAGUAAGUCAACCUCAUCAUUGACAGAUAUGAAGGAGAAAAGUGGGAAAGCCGAAUCAUCCAGUGAGCGAUUGAAAAAACUUGCUGAACCUAAAACCAGUGGUUUUACUGACCAUCCUUCAAAUCCCAAGUCAGCAAGCGUGGACCACCCACGGAAAAGAAGCAUGCCACAGGAUACCCAAAGAAAGAAAAUUUCAGCUAUAAUGCAACUUGACCAGAGUAAAUCAGCAACACUACCAGAACUGAAAGUCAAAUCCCCACAAGCUCCUGCUGUUGUGACUAAUGCAGUAGCUGCCAAAGAAAAGAAAGUGGUUUCACAUGGAGGUAAAGCUCCUACAACAGAAACUGCUGGUGUAAAGAAAAUUAAUGGUAACAUGUCAAGGAUGAAUAGCAGCGAUGACAGUGUGGUAGUUGAGAAAACUGUUGUGAUGCUUGAAAAUGAGGUGGUUUCAACACCUCCAGUCACUCUACAUUCUGAAAGAAAUUCAGCAAAGGAAACUUCUAGUGAUGACAGGACAGAGGAGCCCAGUCCAGAAUUGGAGUAUACUGCCAUCAGAGGUCCACCUUCUCCACUUAUUCUUCCGGAUGCUGAGAGCCCUGUCACCAGUGGACCUGAUGACCAGGGGAACUCAUACGAGGUGGUGACUGAGUGUCGAAAGAAUGAACCUGAGAUGCCAUCCUUGGCUGCCGCGGAGAAACCCUACCAGGCCCCUUUUGCUAGGGUGACAUCGCUGGAGAAUGCUUCAGACUACAGUCCAUUGCCUGUGCAAGAAUCAGAAUCGCUUGUGCCUGCAGAUAACAUUAAGGCUCGAGUACCUGAGCCUGUGCACUCUUCACUUGACGGCAAUGAGGUAAAUGAAAAACCUCGAAGCAAAGAGCCAAAAGGAUUUAGGAAACUUUUAAAAUUUGGCAGGAAAAGCCACGCUUCUGCUUUGACAGAGGGUGCAGUGGAUUAUGAUGCAUCAUCAGUUGAUGAAUCCCCAGCGGGAGAUGGGUCGAUGCUGAAGAAUCUCAUUUCACAAGAGGACUCUGGUGCUUCUUCUAAAGCUUCUCGGUCGUUUUCCCUGCUGUCACCAUUCCGCAGCAAGCACAAGGUGAUUGUACUGUGAACAUGGAUCAGUAGCAGUUGGUAGGAAUAUCACAGUACAGUACAUACUUUGGGGACGAGUUUGGAACAGCAUCGUUUUUCUUUCUAGUAUAUACAUGUAUGUAUACGUAAUUACGUACAUACUAAUAUACUAUACGGUGGCCUCGUCUGUAAACAGCCUAUGUGAAGCGUAUGUAUGAUGGUUGGUUGGUUGGUUGGUUUGCAUUGCAUUUGUACAUUCCUGCUGUUUUGUACCCAAACUAUUAGUGGUGUCGAGUAUGAUUGUGAAAGGAAUAUAAUACAGCCUGUCAGCAGAGUUAUUAGUUCUUAAAACCCAAGAUUUGCAAGUAUUCUUAAAUAUUUUUUUUAAUUCUCAGCUAGGUCCAUAAACUCUGAAGUGAGCACCUAGUUUAUAAUUCUGGCUUUGUUCCACAGUUGUUCCAUACAUGGUAUCAUUCCAGCUUUGUUGUAAAUAAUUGACCAUGUUUGUAAAGAACACCAAUAUUUAUGUAUUAUUCUAGUGUCCGUA